AUGGGAAACAUGAUGAGUAUGAGCAGUGGCCAUGCGGGAGCAGGUGAUGCCAGUGCCAUGGGUAUCUACGUCUCCCGCCUUUCAGAUACCGAGAUUAAGCGCUAUACAGACGGAUAUCGUCGUAUCUGCCGCGUAGAAGGUGGUGGUGGUUCUUCUUCUUCAUCCAACGCGUCUUCAUCUUCCUUGCACUGUACGACUGAAAGAAGCAACAAUGCAACGGGAUCUGGCAAUAAAGCAACGGAAGUGACGAAUAAGUCUUUAUUAGGCAAGAAACUGUUCCGUACCAAGGUCCUAGGCGCCUUUACAAUGAUCCCACACUCACUGUCUGAUCGACUGUUUGAAGUACUGGAUACGGAUCAUUCGGGGAAGCUUAGUCCAUUGAACGUACUGAGGGGUCUUGCUUGGCUCAAGCACGGCACGCACGAGGAGAAAGUGCAACUACUGUUUAUUAUCUAUGACCUGGAUGGGGCUGGUGAGAUUUCGCGCGAGGUGCUGGACAGGUUUAUGGACGUCAUCUACGGCCGCAAGCGAGCGCGACAUGACUCUACCGUCAAGUUUCUUGACAGAGUUUUUGAUGGUCGAUCUACCGUGGAUUUUCGCGAGUUCCGGCAGAUUGUACAAGAAAAAGACAAGCUUGGAGACGCGCUGCUAGUCAAGUGGCUGGCUGUGUUGGCUUCAAAAAUUGGUAUUGAAGCUGACCCACAGAUUUUGGCACUCGAGAAAGCAUACAAUCCAGUCGUUAUACGUCGGCGCAUUGCACAGGCGACAUUAUUUUCGUUGACGGAAGUCACAGCAUUGGAAAGACAGUUCCAGAAGAUGUUUGAUCCGAAAGGAGGAGCAAGUACUAGAAUACCGAGAUCUCAGUUUAUUGAGGUACUGAGUGUCAAAGGACUUUUUCCAAAGGAGUUGCUCGAGAGGUUUUGUGCCUGUACAGCCAUGCAGGAUUUAGUGUUGUUUGAAGAGUUCUGCCAGUUUUUAUCAGAUUUUUGUCGAGGUGCCUCAAGCCACGAGAAGGUGCACCACCUUUUUCAUAUUUAUAGUGAUCGGAGCACAACGGUGAGGGUAGACUUUGGUGGUAUGAAGGAUCUCAUUCAUGUGGGAGUGAAUUGCAAUACGAGCUAUAUCAGCGUUGAGGCACAAGAAGAAGAAGAGCGACAAAUUGAAGAGAUUUCAGCGACGCAGACUGCGGAGGCAGGAUGGGACGAAGAAGCAUUUGCUGAGUGGGCUGUUAAAGCAGUUGCUGUAAAGGAGCUCCUUCACCAGUUAGCGUUUGCAGCGUGUGUUUUGCUUGGUCUGAAGCCGGAGUCUGCCUAUCUCGAAAAACGGAUUGUGGAGUGGCACUGGAGGGAAGCUACCCGCAGCUUUAGCGUAGGACAAACCUGGAAUUUGUUGGAAGCUGAAUGGUGGCGAAAAUGGUGUGACUACGUUGGUUUGGAUCCGCGAAACGGGAGCCCUUAUGGAUCACUACCCGCACCUCAGAUUCCAGCAAAUACAGUCGUGGAAGUGGCCAGAAACAUCCGUGGCAAUAUUGCAUUACGGGCCGGUAGCGAGGGUGGUGCGAACAGUAGUUGCCCGCCUCGACCUGGACCAAUUACCAACUGGAGUCUUUUAAUGCAAAGUGGAUGCCGGCGGCUGAAGCAAAAGUUGGUGUUGGCGCGGGACUUUUACAUGAUUCCGUCGUCAGUUUAUGCAGUGUUGCUUUUGUGGUACAGUGGAGGACCCGAUCUGGUGCGUUCAAUUAUCGAGGUUCCUACAAGCACAGAACCUGAGCUUCAGAUUGAAUUGUUCCCGUUAGUAUUACGUGUUGCCCGUGUGGAUUCUGUCAACGGCAGUGUGAUUCGGUCAGGAGAAGAGAUUUUGUUGAGUGAAUUGAGUACACCAGCCAGCUUGCUUGAGGCUACCUGCCGCGCGCUGCUUUUGGUAAAGCUAGUGGACAAAGCACGACUGUGGUACUUUAAUGAGAAAUCACCAGAACGCAAAAUCCGUUUGCGCGAAGAGUAUCCGCUUGAGUUGAAGAAACUAACACAAGACAGCGUGUUCUUGCUAGAGGUUCAAGACGACGAUGGAUCGUGGCCACUUUCUCAAACGGAUGACACGAUCGCUUCUUUGCCUUCCACUAAUGGUGCACACCAACCAAAACAGGGAAAUGGACGAACAAGUGAAAGCGACGCGGAGGCUGCAUUGCGAAAGCGACAGCGUGAGCAACGCCCGUCGUUACGCACCUCUGACAUUUGUUCUCGCGGCAAUCUUGGGGAGGUUUUGGCGCAGCGUGGGCCAGGAAAUGCUAACGGCUCUCCAACAGCAGAAGUGGAUCCCGUGCUUGCGUCGCCUGUUGUAAAAAAGCGUUUUUCUAAAGAUUCGUUCAAAGGCCUGGGCUUGGUUGGUCUGGAUAAUCUUGGCAACACAUGCUACAUGAGCAGCGCGCUGCAGUGUUUGAGUCACACGCGACUGCUGGUUGAAUAUUUUAAGAAUGAAGCGUACCUAAGAGAUGUCAAUUUGCGAAAUCGAGAUGGUACUAAUGGAAAGCUAACCGCAGCAUUUGGCGAAUUGCUUCGAGUUCUUUGGAGUUCUGACCGCAAGCGUUUCACUCCGAAUGAGUUCAAGAAAAUACUUGCGAAGUGCAGCCCGCAGUUUGCGGGGUCCGACCAGCAUGAUUCACAAGAACUUCUUGCGUGUUUGUUGAGCAGUCUUAGCGAAGAUCUCAAUCGUGUGGGGAAGAAACCAUACACUGAGCAGCCCGAUAGUGAUGGGCGGCCGGACGCUUUGGUAGCAGAAGAAUGGUGGCAGAAUCACCAGAAACGUGAGUUCUCCGUGAUCGUUGCGCUAUUUACUGGUCAGUAUAAGAGCUUGUUGGAAUGCUCAAUAUGCCGGUACGAAUCGGCCCGAUUCGAGCCGUUUACCUUCUUGCAGCUAUCACUGCCCGAGAGCAAUUCACGAUCAAUUGUGCUAACAAUAAUUUUUCGAACGGAUCGCGUGCCAUUGCGAUUUUCUGUGCGAGUGCGAAAUGACGACACAGUUCAACAGAUAAAAGAGCAGGUUGCUGUAUUUUUGACGAAAACAGAUAACGUAAAUUCGGGUUCAGAUUUUUGUGAGGAUGAAGGUAGCAGUAUAAAUGAGUCAAGCGGUGAAGGCAGUUGGAAAAGAGUGGUGAUUGCGCGAAUUUCAAAUUUACAUAUUGUAGAAUCGCUUUUGGAUGAUAAGCUACCAUUGACACAACUUGACGAGAAGGACCAGCUAACCGCGUUUCAGCUUGACCGUGAGGAAGAUUUGAUUCCUCUGCAAAUGGUCACAGAGUCCGCAACGUCUUCAAUUAUUUCGGUUGCCAAUGUUAUUAAUCACGCAACAGAUACCACCGGUACAGGUGACGAACAUAAAACCAAUGCGAUUUUGGAAAGUCCAGCAAGAGAGGAUACUGAACCUGCAAAUGAAGCUUUCAUAAAUGGAGUUAUUCCAGCCGGUGCUAACGGGAGUCACAACGCAACCAAUGUCGGUCAAUUCGUUGAUGUAGUAGGCGCACACGAUGACAGUGAACAGGAUGAUGAAGAUGAAGCGUUGCCACUAGGAGCAUCUGUCUCCGUUUGUAUUGAUAAAACUAAGGAUGUGAUGGCAGCGCGCGUAAUUGGGAGUAGUGUCAGCUCGGGCACAGUUAAUGUUGCGUAUCCCUCAGGCGUCCGACGGUAUCAUGUUCCAUUGUCGAAAGUGAUUGAACGUUGUCAAAGUGACGCUUUCAUUUUCCUUGUGCAUCGCCGCGUGGAGCGGUCGACUGACAGCUUUACAAACGCGCAUGUUACGCGACUUUUUGGGGUGCCACUAGUCAUUCGCGUAUCUCUCGGCGUUACAACGGUGUAUAAUCUUUAUUUACUCGUGUGGAAUCGAUUGCGGCGGAUAUUUAACUGGCAACAGCCUCCACUCGCGUCUGAUUUUGAAGGAGAAAAGCACAGUCGCAAGCGCCUUCGGUCGAAUGCCUCGUCAUUAGCUCUGGGAGCACAUCUCCCCUUGACAAAGUUUGGAUUUUGCUUGCGGCUUGUCACGUCACAUGGAAUCGGAUGCUCUCGCUGUGAGUGGAUCGAUGGGUGUUUGGGAUGCGUGCUUGUACCGUCUUCGCAGACGGUAAUCCCGCUUGCGGCAGAGGAAACGGUGGCAAUAGAUUGGGAUAUUCGUACUCUCAAAGAAGCGUACGAUCCAAUCCAAGCAAGCAAAAUGGAUUUUGAUGCGUCCGUGCAACAGCACCAGCGACAGGACAAUCAACCUCUCAAUCUAGCACAUUGCAUGGAGAUGUUCACGGCUAAGGAAACCAUCUCUGAGGCUUAUUGUGGUCACUGCAAAACGUUGCGUCCCGCUACAAAAAAGAUGGAUCUAUGGCGUCUUCCACCGUUGCUUGUAAUUCAUCUUAAGCGCUUUUGCUUCACCCAAGUGUCACGGCGCAAAUUGCACCACCUCGUGGACUUUCCGCUAAGAGGUUUACAGUUUGGUGAGUAUGUUGCCCGCAAGCGUGAGCCACGCGGUCGACUUGCAGGACUGGAAUACUGGUUGUUUUUGGGUGGCAAGCUGCAGGCAGGACCAACAACUGAAAAAUCCGAGUUUUCACAUACUGGCGCCUUGAAGCAAGCAAGACCAGGAGGAUUUCCAUGCCGGAUGUCGUCAUCAGCAUUGAAUGCUCCUGCCGCGGCAACUGCUGCAGUCCGCGGUGACGAUGGAUUUCUCUAUGACUUGUAUGCUGUUGUCAAUCACGUAGGUGCUCUAGGAGGGGGACACUAUUUCGCGUACGUGUUAAGCGAUCAUGAUGGGAAGUGGAAAUGCUUUAACGAUCAUCAGUGCAAAGACAUCGACGAUAAAGAGGUUGUGUCUUCAAUGGCGUAUAUAUUGUUUUAUCGCCGACGGGAUACCAGUCACAUGUCGAUUGAACAGCUUUUUCCACCUCUAUCAGCAAAUGCAAGUGGUGAUAGAGCGAUGACCGACAGGGAAUCUGCAAACGAAAAGGCACAUGUAAAGGAGCUGCUACAGCAAUCGAAGCUGGCUGCUUCAGGUAACGCGAGUAACUGCAUUAUUAGCUGA